CCGCCGUUUCCCAUUCUUAUAAGAGUAGCGUGUAGGAACUGCUGGCCAUUUCUUUUCUCUGUCUUCUCUCCCUCUCAAUCUUCUUCCACCUUUGUAAUAUUGGACAAAAGGAAGACCGUUUCAGUUGCAUAAUAUUGUACUGAUCCCUCUCUCUCUCUCUCUCUCCCUUGGAUCUCUUUGUGAUUUGGUUUGUCUGUGUGUGUGUUUUUAUAUGUGUGUUCCUCCAUCAUGAUUCCAGCCUAUCGCCACUCAGUAUCUUCUGUUAUGCCUCUGGAUCUUAAUGAAGAUCAAAACCACGAGUUCUUCAGUCCAACUCACCACCCUUCCUCUUCGUUUUCUUCUCUAUCUUCAUAUCCUAUUCUCUUCAACCCGCCAAAUCAAGAUCAAGAAGCUCGAUCAUACUACUGGGAACCAACAAAGCAGUACUUACCAAGUCAUGAAGAAGAGACUGAGAAGAUUAUUCCUUCUAGCGGAUCAUGGGAUCACUCGGUGGCAGAAAGUGAGCACAAUAAGGCGACAGUUUGGAAGAAAGCAGAAGAGAGGAAUGAAAAUCUUGAAUCAGUUGCUGCUGAAGAUGGUUCGUUGAAGUGGAUGCCUGCCAAGAUGAGAAUUAUGCGGAAGAUGUUGGUGUCGGAUCAAACUGAUACAUAUACUAAUUCAGACAACAACACUACGCACAAGUUUGAUGAUCAGAAACAACAACUGUCGUCACCGCUUGGAACUGAUAACAGCAGCAGCAACAACUAUUCAAACCACAGUAACAACACUGUUAGGGUUUGUUCUGAUUGCCACACCACCAAGACUCCUCUAUGGAGGAGUGGACCAAGAGGCCCCAAGUCACUUUGCAACGCCUGUGGGAUUCGACAAAGGAAGGCAAGACGAGCCAUGGCAGCUGCUGCGGCUUCUGCAUCGGGAAAUGGAACAGUAAUUGUGGAAGCUAAGAAAUCUGUGAAGGGACGGAACAAGUUGCAGAAGAAGAAAGAGAAGAAGACAAGAACUGAGGGUGCAGCACAGAUGAAAAAGAAGCGGAAGCUUGGAGUUGGAUCAGCAAAGGCAUCUCAAAGUAGAAACAAGUUUGGUUUUGAGGAUUUGACGUUGCGCUUGAGAAAGAACUUGGCUAUGCAUCAAGUUUUCCCUCAGGACGAGAAGGAGGCUGCGAUCCUUCUCAUGGCUUUAUCUUAUGGCCUUGUUCAUUGAUGAACCUUAAUUAAUAGCUAGCUAGCUAGCUAGCUAGAGCUACCACCACUUCACUUAAUUUCAGUUCGUUAUUAAUUAGGUUAAUUUCUUGUAUUGCUGUCUUAUGACUAGCUAGUUUUUGUUAGAUUAUUAUUAUUGUGUGAGAUCAAUGGUUUGAGUACGUUAUAUAUGUGCGAGAAGAGUAUGUAUUGCAGUACUAGUAGUAGUUAGUCAGGAAAUGGGAGGGAAAAUAAAGUUACAUGGGUGUGGGGUGAUCUUAUGUACUUGGUAUGAUAUUAUGUCUGAUUUGAACAAGUUGACGACCAAAAAGUGUGGGUCUCUUCUUGAUCUUAUGUACUUUUGUAUUAAUCUUUUUUUUUAUGUAAAUUUUUUAAUAUCUUUUUUUGUA